AUGAUUGGAAUUCCCGUAGCUACUUUUAUCUUUCUUGGGUGUGCCAUAGGCAUAGUUGAUGCACAACAGCCUUUGUAUACACAGUGCGGCGGAAUGGUUGGACGGUCACCACAUCACUACGAGUGCUGCGCCUCAGCCAUCGGGUGCUGGACCCAGUCGCCUGUUGGGAAGACUCCUGCAUUAGGGUGGAAUUCUUGGAAUGCAUAUCAAGGAAACAUAAAUGAGGCCAAGAUCCGUGCUGCUGCCGAUGCGCUUGUAUCGCUCGGGCUAAAGGACGCGGGCUAUAACUAUGUCAAUAUCGAUGAUUGUUGGUCAAACAUUACUGGAAGGGAUGUUGGGACAAGUCGCAUCAAACCAGAUUUAAACAAAUUCCCAAAUGGGAUCAAGAGCGUAGCGGAUUACAUCCAUUCGCUAGGAUUGUUGGUUGGCAUAUAUAGCGACGCUGGCACACUGACCUGCGCCGGGUUCCCCGGAUCUCUUGGAUACGAAAAUAUUGACGCACAGACGUUUGCAGAAUGGGGAAUCGAUUAUCUUAAAUAUGACAACUGCAACGUACCCAGCAACUGGACAGAUACCUAUGGUGGACCAGAUUUUGACUGGUACAACUCUAAUUCAGGAAUCCGGUACAGACAAAUGACAUCGGCGCUCGCCUCUGUGGCAUCAAUUCGGCCUAUCCAGUACGGUAUUUGCAACUGGGGCAAUGCAGAUGUAUGGACAUGGGGUUCCCGGGUUGGGCAUUCCUGGCGGAUGUCAGGAGACUCGAGCGCCUCAUGGAGUUAUAUUACAAGUAUUAUUGCCAGGAACACCAAUUACUUGAACUACGUUGAAUUCUAUGGGCAUAACGAUAUGGACAUGAUGGAGAUAGGCAAUGGAGCUUUGACCAUCAACGAACAACGAACUCACUUUGCAAUGUGGGUGGCCCUCAAAAGCCCAAUCCUUCUUGGAACCGAUCUCUCAAAACUAAACGCAACUCAGCUCGCAAUCAUCAAAAAUGCCGAGCUUUUGGCCUUUUCACAAGAUACUACGGUUGGUGCUCCCGCAAAACCAUACAAGUCCGGAACCACAACCCCACCGGAGUACUACACCGGCAAGUCCGCCAAGGGGACGCAUGUGUUUAUUAUGAAUGUUGGGUCGGCGCCGGCAAGCAAGAUAGUUACUUUUUCUGAGGUAACUGGGCUCACUUGUACGAGCUGCAAAGUACAUGAUAUGUGGACUGGGAAAGGCAAGUGUAUUUUUUCGCAUACAACGACCAUUGUAUUCAACUGUGGACUGCUAUAG